AUGGCCUCUAUUCAUCUUUUUCAAAAUAUCUUGUGCUAUAUUCACAUCACAAAGUUCAUGUUGACCUUGGUUUCUGUUUUUUCCCCGCAGGUUCCUGUUGCAUGUAAAUCAUGUCCCUGUGGUUACAUAUUUAUUAGCAGAAAACUUUUAAAUGCCAAGCACUCAGAGAAAUUGCCACCUUCUACAGAAAACAAGCAUGAGGCCAAGAGGAGGCGAACAGAGAGAGUUAGGAAAGAGAAGAUAAAUUCAACAGUAAAUAAAGAUUUAGAAAACAGAAAGAGAUCUCGAAGUAACAGCCAUUCAGAUCAUAUCAGACGAGGAAGAGGAAGACCUAAAAGUGCAUCUGCCAAAAAACAUGAGGAAGAAAGAGAAAAACAGGAAAAGGAAAUUGACAUCUAUGCUAACCUCUCUGAUGAAAAGGCUUUCGUGUUUUCAGUCGCCUUGGCAGAAAUAAAUAGAAAAAUUAUCAAUCAAAGACUUAUUCUCUGAUAUUUGUCUGCAAAAUUUGUUGAAAACAUUCUUCAGGAUUACAUCAGCAAAUUCUCAAACCAUUAUGGAGCAUUCUGGCAGCAUCAAUAAGGGCCACUUAUUAUUUUUUUUUUUCAUAUCAUUUAGCCUGUGCCACAGUUUGGGUACAAAGCUGUAGGUUUGUAUUAUUAUGGGAUUUCUUUUUUUACCAAGGAGUAUUGUCAAUUUUUGUGUUGGGAUAAGUAAGGGUAUUUACAAAAACUAACAAUGCUGGAUGGAUGUUAAGAGGAUAAAAAAGGUGGGAGUAGAGGUGGAAGUAUGAGAACUAGAGAUGAAAAUGCUUAAUAGUUUUCAGAUUUGCCACCAGAGAUGCAAUAUUUUAAAUACUGUCAGAAAGAGUGACUUUUACAUAUGUAUAUUUCAGAUUUUCAGCACUAACAGAUUACAUACAAUUCAUUUACUUUCAAUAAAUUGGCAAUUGCUAAUUGAAGGGGGAAUUAAUAUAAAUCGUAAAUUUGUCUUAGCUGAUUUUUUUGAGGGGAAUUUUUAUGACUCAAGGUGGAGUUAUAUUUUAGGAGAUUCUUUCUAGACAGUUUAGAAGUUUGGGUGCUAUAUGAAGAAAAACAUUUAAAGAUAUACUUCAGAUUUAAACACCUUGUUUUCUUGAAUGUAAUUUAUUUAUUGGUUAAAAAAGCUUUUCUGCUUUUAAGAUGGUGCCUGUUAAGCUAAACAUAAAAUAUAUUUAUUACAUGCAAGUAUUUCUUAGCCAUGUUUAAGCAGUAAUAUUUUAUCUAAGUGGAUGUUCAUUUAAACAUCCUGUUACUUAACCUUACUCUGGAAGAAAAAUAAACCUUAAUAUUGAAAGUAAGUAGAUUAAAUAGUGUGAAAUAUAGCUUUUUGUCCUAGUGGUUUGUGAAAUAGUAUUUUAGUUCUUAAUUUUUAUGUUAAUUCAUAAGCACUUACAGUUAAUUUAUUUUGUGCUAAAUAUUUUUGUAUUUUGACCUACCAAUUUAAUGAUUAACACAUUCAAAUUUGGCAUUAAUGCCACUUCUUUACAAUUCCUUCUCCUUCCAGCCUAUGGAAGUCUCACAUUCUUAUUAGGGGAGUUAUUCGUAAGACUUUGUCCCAAUUUAAUAGAAUCCUCUUUUUAUGUAUAUAUGAUUAUUUUUAAGUGGCACACAAUACUUAUAUGUACUUGUGGGCACAGUGAUUGGCAUAUCUAUCCCCUCAUUUAUAAUUUUUUGUGUGUUGUAAAUAUUUAGAAAUCUCUGCUAUCAUUAAUUAUUGCCAGUUAUAGUUCUCUUUCAGUUUCAACAGUAGCAUUGCCAGUUUUGUCCUUAAGCUUGCAUAGCCUUUUAUCUCCCCAAAGAAGACAGGCCUACAUUUUUUUCCUUUAUUUAGGUUGGUAGCCAGCAGAGGGAGCUUAAGAAGUACACUAUUAAGAUUUUAGAUUUUCUUAAGAACCUGUUUCCUCAUAAUAACUACCAGAAGGUACUACUAAAUUUAUUGUGUGUGCAUUAAACUCCUAGUAAUAAUGUUUUCCUAAUAAUAAAAUGUGAUUUUUAUCUUUGAAACAUACUAUUCAAAAACUUUUAUUUUUACCAUGAAAGCUUAAAAGUGAUUAAUAAGGAAAAGCAAGAACGGCUUGUGGAGUUGACAUCUCUUUAAAGAAUACUUGUUGUUACAGUGUAUCAUCCCCUUACAGCUGAGGACUUUAGAGGAAUAUAAUAUUAAAAUAUUAAUUGGCUAUGGUUAAAGAAAGAUACUGACAUAAGCUUGCCAUGUAGAAACUUAAUUUCCUUCAUAUGCUCAUAAUGUCAGCUUGUUGGCAUAUUUAAAGCUCCUCAGUUAGAGCAGCAAAUUAGAUGUUUCUGUUUUGUGACAGAACUCUUUUAGCCAGUUUCUCUAAAAUAUAUAUAGAACAUAUAAUAGAUAUGUUUGUAAGCUGUCUUGUUAUAAAGUUUGUCUAGGUCUGUUGUAAAAUGGUCCCAGAAAAAAAGUACUACUUUGUCAAUGGUGAUGAAAGAAACCCCUCUUAUCACCAAAUGUCUUACAAGUGUUAUUAUAGUUCUUUAGUUACUUGAACCAAAAUUUAUUCUGCUAUAACAUCUAUAAGUAAUAAUCAUUCAUAAUGUACUGAAAUGGUUCUAUGGGUUUAUUGAAGAUAUAUGUAUCUUAAAAUUUGAUUCAGAUUAAUACAAGUAAUUUUGGAGAAUUAUAUAUAGAAACUAUAGAAAUAUUUGUAGCGUAAACUUCUUUCUGACUUUAUAAUUCCAUGGUAUUCCACAAUAUUUUGGGGAAUAAUUUAAUACUUGAUGUUUGAUUUUGUUUUUGUUUGAUUUGUUAUGCUUAGUUUUAAGCAAACAUGGACAUUUUUUUCCCAUUUUAAUGGACAUGGAAGCUUUGGGUUAUGUUUAAAUAUAGAUUAUCUAAAAAGUAAGCAGCUAGGUUGGUGGUACAUACUUGUAAUCUCAGCAAUUUGGGAAGGAAAGGCAGGAGUAUUAUAAUGAGUUCAAGGAUACAUAGUGAGUUUGAGGCUAGCCUAGGUACGCAUAGCAAAAUUCACUCUCAGAAAAACAAGACAAAAAAAUUACCUGAAAGUAAAGAAAACACUGCAAAGUGCAUUUCAUUUAGCAAUCAGAUUAUUACCAAACAGUUUACAUUCUGAUGGGAUAAAAAUAGAAUUACAAGGCUGAAGAUACAGUUUAUUGAUAUUACCUAGUAUAUGUGAGGUUCCAGAUUCAAAUCCCCAGCACCAUCAAAACAGAAAAAUUACAAAUGACUUAACAUUUAUUU